AUGGCUCGAGUGGGCCGGAAACAAGAACUGAAGCGUCAGUUCAGUCCUUUGGCUAUGAUUGGCUUCUCGAUGGUCAUGGCCGUCACCUGGCAAGCUACUCUGUUCGUAACGACCUUCAGCCUCCCCAACGGCGGGCCUGCUGGCGCCGUUAUCAUGUAUCUUUUCACCGCUGUCGGCCUCACAUUCACCAGCCUUUCACUCGCCGAGAUGGCAUCCAUUGCUCCAACUGCAGGCGGACAGUACCACUGGGUGUCGGAACUAGCACCUCCAUCGAUUCAAAAGCAGCUGAGCUUCAUCAUUGGUUGGGCCGCCAACUACGCUUGGCAGAGCUUCCUGUCAUCAGCCACGCACGGUGCCGUUUCUAUCAUCCAAGGCCUCAUCACGCUCUACCAUCCCGAGUUUCUGCUUACACCCUGGCAGCAGGCACUAGUUGUGAUAUUGCUGGUCACAAUCAUGGCUGCCGUCAAUGUCGGUUUACUGGACCGUCUACCAGACUUGGAGUUUAUCGUACUCGGAGUCAAUACCCUAGCUUUCAUCGCCUUCGAGGUUACUAUGCUGGUCAUGGGCCCCAGGGUGUCGGCUGCCCAGGUCUUCCAGAACUUUGAGAACUUUUAUAACUGGCCGACGAUGGGCGGUGCUGUCCUGGCUGGUCUCUUCGCAGCAAUCUCGUCCCUGACAUAUGCCGACAGUGUCGCCCACAUGGGCGAGGAACUCGAAAACGCUGCCGUUUGGUUGCCCCGUACGAUCAUCUUAGGCGGCCUCCUGAAUUACUUGUUUGGAUUCAUCAUGCUCCUGACAUUCUUGUUCCGAGCCGAAAAUAUACCACAAGCCCUCCAGGCUAAUCCGACGACUCCAUUUCUUGCCAUCCUCGAGAAUAUAACCGGCAGUAAAACUGCGGACUGCAUCAUGGGCGUAUACAUUGCUGCUUUCUCUCGGGAUGGUGGCGUGCCAUUCAGUACGCAGCUCCGAAAAGUCACGGCUUCCGGGGUCCCUUUCAACGCUAUCGUUGUGACCUGGGCCUUCAACGUCAUCCUUGCUCUCAUUGUCAUAAGCCCCACCAUUGCCUUCCGGAUCAUCGGAGGUCUCGCUGAGACCAUGGUCUUGUCAAGCUAUAUGAUGAGCAUCUGCACCGUGUUCUGUCGCCGACUGAAAGGCCCAUUGCCCAAGGCACCUUUCUCCUUGGGACUGUGGGGGAUUCCAAUUAACAUCUGCGCCGUCUUAUUCACGCUGUUCAGCUUGAUCAUGGCCUUCUUCCCUACUGUUCCGAACCCAACGUUGGUCAGCAUGAACUGGUCGUCUGUGGUUUACGUCGGUCUGGCCAUUCUGCCGUUCGUUUUGUAUGCAGCUCACCAGCGUCACGUCUACAUUCCACCCGUGGAGCUUGUGCGUGAUCCCGAUGAGGUCAACAUCGAAUCGGAGAGGAAAUGA